AUGUCCUCACAGUCGCCCUCGCUCGACUCGAUUCUGCACACGCUCCAACACACCGACCCGUCCCAAGCGCAGUCACAGUUACAAAAGGCGAAGCUCGCCCUCCUACAACAGAAUGCUUUAAUACCCUCCCCUCAAACGCCGGCACAGACACUAGCAACCGCUCGCUCGAUACUGGAAGCCGGCGCUCUUCUCUCGAUUCGAUCAAGAGACCCGGAAUCUUUCGUCAGAUACUAUUCGCAGCUCCAACCGUUUUACGAUUUCCCGGGCCUCCAGCAGACGCCUUCGAGAGAUCGGUCAAAGAUCACGGGCCUGUAUCUGCUUCUGUUACUCAGCCAGGGUGACUACGCUGGCUUCCACACGCUCUUGGAGUCUCUGAUCGUCGCGGAAGGGGCGAACGGGUCUGCGAGCGUCGAGGCCGAUCCGUACAUUAAAUACCCCAUGGAAUUGGAAAGGAGCCUUAUGGAGGGUAGCUAUGACCAGGUCUGGCGAAAGACGAACGGGCGCGACGUGCCAGGUGAAGAGUUUGGGCUGUUUUCCGACAUCCUCAUCAACACCAUCCGCGUCGAAAUCGCCUCGUGCGCCGCCCGCUCCUAUCCAUCCCUUCCGAUCGCCUCGGCCAAAAAUCUCCUCUUUUUAGAGUCCGAAGGCGCGGUCAUGGAAUUUGCGCAGGAGCAGGGCUGGAGUCUGGAAGAAGGGAGGAUACAGUUCCCCGGAUCGGAGGCGGCGAAGAAGUCCGAAGAAGGGGAUGAGAAGGAGGUGAUCAAUCACAUGGUUCAGUAUGCAAGAGAACUAGAAAGCAUCGUUUGA